AUGGAUGACUCCGCGCCGUCUUCCUCCUUCUCUGCUGCCCAUUACUUUCCGGCACGACGCCGUGUAUGGCAGGCAUGCACCAACUGCCGGGCCCGCAAGACGCGAUGCGACGCUGCCAAGCCAAAGUGCAGUCUCUGCGUGACGCAGAACGUGGAGUGCGUCUACCGCGACUCGAACCAGCCGCGCAUCGAGCAGAAUACUAGGAUCUUGUUGGAGCGCAUCCAGAUGUUGGAAGAUCGCCUGCUUUCUUCACCAGUAUUUUCUGGACAACAGCAACCGCAGAGCCAGCAAGCUUCCCAACCGUCUUUAGAUACGCCAUCACCCCAAGCUACACGGCAUGCUACGACUCCGCGAUCGGCACACCAUACACAGCCCGAGGCAGGUCCUGACUCAACGUCAACGAGGGACCAAACAGACGCGGUUCAGACAAGGAAUGCUGAUGCAGAUGCUCAAAUUCCAAUCCCUUUAUCCCAUACAGCGAAUGCGAACCAUGUCUUUGAGUGGCCGAUAGUAAAGCAGCUGCUAUCAGAAACGGACUCGGAGUCACAACCACCGCAGCCAGCUUUUCCGGGAGGACUGCGCUCAGCGGAAGCAACUGACAUCUUUUUCCGCAAAGAUACAGGUACAGAUUCUUCGAAGUGCCCUCCAGAGUCUUGGAGAUUAUUCCAAGACCGGAGUCUGCCAGUAUCCAUCCAUGCCGCCGAUCGGUAUCGGGAGGUGAUCCAUGAGUACUUUGCCGAAGUGAACAUCUUCUUUCCUCUCCUCUCCCCGCAGGACAUCAUCAACACUUUCAAUGAAGUAGUAGCGUCUGAAAAGACUGCAAGUGUGGUCUCGCCUCUUACUGCGCCGGCCCGGUACUGUUUAUUGCUGUUGGUCCUCUGCAUGGGAUCCUUCGUCUACACUGGGGACUAUCGCAUCUCAUUGGAUGAAAGAGCAGGCCGAGAUGGAGGUCAACGCCAAAGACCCAUAAGUUCGAGCAUCAUUGGAGACUUUCCAGGCAUCGAUGAGCAGCUGUGGCGAAAAGCGCGACUUUUGCUGGGCUUCAUUUCAUCUGAAAUCAGCCUUGAAGCAGCACAAUGCACGAUGUUGGCGAGCUUAUACAUGAAUGCGAACGGAAGAGUAGCAGAUUCUUUCCACUGGGCACAUGCAACCGCCGUCAAGUGUGAAGCUCUCGCGAAAAGAGAUGCCAGAGGCGCAGAAGGCAACGAUGAAUUCUCGGACGCCUUCCGUAGACUCUUUUGGGUCGCACUGAUUUACGAAGGUGACUUUGUGUCCGAGAUCUCAAUCACAUUACCCUCAGGUAUAGCGAGAUACGAAGAAGUCGUACCCUACCCGGCCCCCGAAACACCCAAGCAGCACAAAGACUUCACCACCAACCAGGCGACCCCGGAAGCCGAGGUGACGAGUCCGUCAUCGACGUCUUUCUACAGGACCGAGGAACUUGUCGCCUUCCAAAUCAGUACCAACGCGGCAAUCAGGCGGUUUCUCAACCGGGUUAACAGCGUCGUCUUUGAUAGCAAAGACCAGUUUCGCAUGACGCGCACCAACUACGCCAACUGGCUACUGCGGAUCACCGAGGAUCUUUGGUCGUAUCACGGUGCGCUUUACCGCAAUCUCCCCGAUUUCCUGCUCACGAGCCAGCCUAGAAGAACGCCUGGGCAACAGUCGGAAAUUGCGACUUCUCCUAUGACGCCCGGUAUCAUUCAAGUUGAAGAGUUGGGCAACAAUCCGUGGAACGUGCUGAGGCUCAAGGGGCGGUACUAUGCGGGGCAGUACAUCAUUCAUCGCCCUUUCAUCGAAUACGUGAUGUUGAACAUCGCGCACUUCGAGACGCAUCCGUGCCGGGAGGCGAUAUUGGAGCGGUGCCGAAUGUGCCUUGAGGGUUGCAAGGGUUUCAUCAAUGUUUUCGACAUUGAUCCUGCCAACAGCAUUACUGGCCUAUUUGCUGCCGGAAUGGUGACCUUCACCAUGGUUACCAUCCUCCGAGUGGCGACAAUGUGCCCCGUCUUCAAAGAAAUCCUGCCGGAAGAUAUCGAGGGUGCAAUGUUUGUAGGAACGCGGAACUUGCGGCGGUUCAGCAUUAGCGUGAGGGAGUUUGAGUGGCACUUGAGCGUAUUGGAAAGACUUGCGGCGUCUUGUAGGAAUAGAAUGAGUGCUUAG